CGCGGGGCAGCCACACUCUGACAGACCCACUGGUGCCUCUCUGCCGAGUGACCCACGGGCUCGGGGUCCGACUGUUUGCCGGCUCCUCCCCGAGCGUGACUGACAGCCACACGGCCGUCUGUCUGCCUGCCUGCCUGUCUGUCUCUCUGGGUGUCUGCCUGGCAGGCCACCUGCUGGUUGGCUUGACUUCCCCUGUCUGUCUGUCUGUCUGCCUGCCUGCCUGCCUGCCUGCCUGACCAGCCCUUGUGGCCGUGUGUCCCCUCCCUGGCGCAGCCGAAUGGUCCCUUACCCCAGCCUCUGCCUUCUGUCUGCGCGUGGCCUUGCUGGGAUGUGACCAACCGUUGCCUUCCCACCCCCCACCCCCCCAGCUGGCUCCCUCUGUGUGGCCCGCCUGCCUGGAGCCCGGCUGCCAUCCAUUGGGGUGACAGGUCGUAUGCUUGUCUGGCGGGUGACUGGGGCAGGCUGUGGGUCCCCACCCCCUAGCCCUGCCGGUUCCUUCUCUCAUCCCCCACCCCCACGCUGAGCCUAGCUGCCGCCCCCUGGUAGCCCACUGGAUUGCCCCGAGCACACAAGGGAUUUCUGAGGGAGAAGCUGGAACAGCAGGAUCCUGAGAGUCAGCAUGCCGUGUGGCUCAGUGGUCGCUCUGUUCCUGCUAAUGCUCCAGGGUGCCUGGGGUUGCCUAGACCUCGUCUGCUACACCGAUUACUUUCAAACAGUCACCUGCACCCUAGAGACAAGGACCCUCCAGCCCGGCACGCUCACCCUCACCUGGCAAGACCCAUAUGGAGAGCUGGAGGAUGAGGUCACCUCCUGCAGCCUCCACCGGUCCUCCUACAAUGCCACGCACGCAGAGUACACGUGCCACAUGGAUGUGUUUCACUUCAUGGCCGACGACAUUUUCAGUGUCAACAUCACAGACCAGUCCGGCAGGUCCUCCCAGGAGUGCGGCUGCUUCGUCCUGGCUAAGAGCAUCAAGCCGUCCCCCCCUUUCAACGUGACCGUGACCUUCUCGGGGCAGUAUAACAUCUCCUGGAGCUCCAAUUACGAUUUCUUCACGCUGAAGGGCAAGCUGCAGUAUGAGCUGCAAUACAGGAAGCGGGGAGGCCCCGGGGCUCUGAGUCCCCGGAGAAAGCUGAUCUCAGUGGACUCGAGGAACGUGUCUCUCCUUGCCGUGGAGUUCCAGAGUAACUCGAGCUAUGAGGUGCAGAUCCGCGCAGGGCCCCAGCCCGGCUCCUCCUUCCAGGGGACCUGGAGUGAGUGGAGUGACCCGGUCACCUUUAAAACCCAGCCGGAAGAGAUAAAGGGAGGCCAGCACAUUUACCUGCUCUAUUUCCUGCUUGUCUUCAUACUCCCCAUCCUCGUCUUCUUAGGCCUGAAGAUCCACCUGCCUUGGAGGCUGUGGAAGAAGGUGUGGGGGCAGGUGCCCAACCCACAGAAGUUCUUCCAGCCCCUCUAUGUGGGCCACAGUGGAGACUUCAAGAAAUGGGUGGGUGCAUCCUUCACUGCCUCCAGCCUGGAGCUGGGACCCCAGAGCCCCGAGGUGCUUUCAUCCCUGGAGAUGUUCAACCUUUGCCCACCGCAAAGCGCCGUCAAGGGGCCGCAGUCCAUGCCUCUGCCGGAGCCCACCGACCUGGUGGAAGCCGACGAGGGGCCUGAGCCGGACUCCUGGGGCCCAGCCCCUGCCACCACCGGCAGCUUGGGUGGCUCGGCUUAUAGCCAGGAGAAGGACCAAGUGUACAGCGUACUGUCCAUCAACACGGUGACCGUAGCAGACAUGGAGGGGCUGUGUGCCUGGUCCUGCACCUGUGGGGAUGACGGCUACCCAGCCCUGAACUUGGACACCAGCCUGGAGCCCGGCUCAGGCACUGAGGACCCGCUCUUGGACACCGGGACCACAGUCCUCUCCUGUGGCUGCGUCUCGACUGGUGGCCUUGCCGGGCCGGGAGGCCCUCCUGGCAGCCUCCUUGACCAGCUAAAGCUGCCCCUUGAAGAUGAGGCAGGUUGGACCCCAGGCCCGCCGUGGAGUGGCGGGCCCCACAGAGGGGCGUCUGACAGCGAAACGGGCUCGCCUCCCGCCGGCCUGGACAUGGACACUUUUGACAGUGGCUUCGCGGGCUCUGACUGCGGCAGCCCUGUGGAGUGUGACUUCACCAGCCCCCGGGACGAGGGGCCCCCCAGGAGCUACCUCCGCCAGUGGGUGGUCAUGGCCCCGCCAACCGAGGGACCCGGGCCCCAGGCCAGCCAGUGAGGCUGACCGGCCGUCCAGAGCCAUUCGGCCAGAGCCAGAGCUGGACUCACCUGGGCCGUGGGGUAAAGAGGCCUGCGACCUUUGGGCCCCCAGAUGGGGCCCCUGAGCCUGGUUGACGCCUGGUGCGCAUGUGUGGCCCCGGGAGCGCAUGGGUGUGUCCAUGUGCGGGAGCAGGUGCCCGUGGGCACGGAGGCAAGACGUACAUGUGUCUGGGACUGUGUGCACACGAUGACAGCCUCCCUCCUUUCUGGACGUGGGGCGGCCCCCCACGGACCCUGCCCUGCGGGGCCUGCCUCCAGGAGCCGUGAGAAGUCCCUGCUGUUCCUUUUCACGUCUCAGGGAGACGGGAAGGGGAUGGAGUGAGGCCAUGGGGACCCUGGCUGUGGGAAGGUUUGUGGGGGCCUUUGGACAGAGGUCUGAAUCCCAACUGUGAUGCCCCUGGGCUGUGCCACCUUGGGCCAGCCGCUUCCCCUCUCUGGGCUGGCUACUGGGGGGGGCCCGCAGGUGGCAUGACCCCCCUUGGGGAGAAAUCGGUGAGGUCACCCACUGUACAGGCUGCAGCAGAGCAGACCCUCAAUAAAUUCAGCUUCCUUCCUUCUGGGGCCCAGACCAAGCUUGUGCUGGUGGUGGGCAGGGGUGAGAAAGCAGCCACAGUUUGGGGCU